AAAGCUGUUCGAAUAAAUGCUGUUGGUUCAGGCAUGGAACUGGAUGAUCUUAAUGUUAUACUUCGUUCGAAGAAUCUCGAGGGCAUUGUUAUACCCAAAGUUGGGUCAGCGGAUGACGUUAAAUUUGUUAGCCGAAUGAUAGAUUUAAUAGCACCUGAUGAGAGUCGGUCUAAAAUUCGUUUACUGGCGUCAAUAGAAAGUGCUUUGGCCAUUAUGAAUAUUAAACAAAUCGCAACGUCUGAUCCUAGACUUGAUGCCCUAAUCUUUGCUGCUGAGGAUUAUUGCGCAGAUGUUGGAAUUGUAAGAACGCGAUCACGGAAGGAAAUGUUGCUAGCGCGACAAACCAUAGUAACGGCCGCCAGUGCUUAUGAAUUGCAAGCAAUUGAUCUGGUUUGCGUUGAUUUUAGGAAUGAUAAUAUCCUGACAGAAGAAUGUCAAGAAGGCCGAGAGAUGGGUUACCUCGGAAAACAAGCAAUUCAUCCGCGUCAAAUCGAUAUUAUACAACAAAUGUUCUUACCUGAUAUGCAAGAUGUAGAAAGAGCUGCACAUAUUGUUUAUGGUUACGAGCAGCAUUCUAAAAAAGGAAUUGGGGCGUUUGACUUGGAUGGCAAAAUGAUUGAUCUCCCAAUGGUCAAGUGGGCAGAACGAAUACUCGCAAGGGCCACAACUGGCGGAAUAAUCAUUCCUGAAAUAAAAAAAGAUGAAAAGACAGUUACAAAAAAAAAAAUGUCACCUCGUACAAAUUCACCUCCACCUUCGUCUUACGGUUUGGACGAUAGUUUCGAGUACGCAGAAUAUAACCCCGGCUCUUCUUAUUAUCCGUCGACGCCGGCAGGAGGACAGCCUUCGAAUAUAAAUAGCCAAUUUUAUUCAACACAAUGUCCGGUAUCACCGCAUUCCACUCCAUCUUUGAAUAGAAACAACAUUACAGAUGCUACAGCUACUCGUGCUCAAGCUCGAGCUCGAAAUGGCUCACGUAAGACCAAGAACAAUAGUACAGGACUCUCCUCACUUUUACCUCGGACCUUAAACGUGCCACGCAAAAUACUCUCUUCUUCUGCAGUACAAUUCUUUACUCUAAUUGUGAUAUAUUCAUUUUGCAUAACAACCAUUUGUUUUAUAUUCUCCGCUUCAUAUUUCCUUACUCUUUAUGAUGACACCCGGAGGAUGCUCCGAAAUUCACGCGCUUGGGCAAAAGUAAAAAGUGGAGUAAGAGAAAAGAUCUCUAUGUUAGGUGAUGAUUGGGAGGAAUUCCUGCAAAACUACUUUGAUCAUGAAG